UAAAUAAUAAUUGAGCUGUGUGUUGUGCCUUUUGCCUGCCUGCCUGUCUGCCUGCCUGUGUGCCUGCCAUGCUUGCCUAAUCCUCGCUUGAUUUCAACAUGAGAACUGUCCUGCUGCUUUGCUGCAUCUCGCUAACCUCCGCCUGCUCCUCGCGCGCUCUAAACAAGCCACGUCCACAGGAGUACAGCACACCGCCGCCAGACAAUGUCAUAGCCACGACGCCACGUCCGAAUAUAACAUUCCCCAUUUUUAGCUGCCCGCCCACCUAUGCCGCCUGGUAUUGCCUCAACGAUGCCACCUGCUUUGCCGUCGAGAUACACAACGAGCUGCUCUACAAUUGUGAAUGCGCCUUGGGCUUUAUGGGACCACGCUGCGAGUAUAAGGAAAUAGAUGGCUCCUAUUUGCCCACACGCAAUCGCGUUAUGCUGGAGAAGGCCAGUAUUGUGAGUGGCGCCACGCUGGCCGUCAUCAUCAUGGCCAUGUGCCUGGUUAUGCUUUAUAUGCGCCAUGAGAAACUAAACAAGGAGAAGCUGCAUGCAGCGAAUAAUGAUGUAGCCGAUUUGGGCUGUGAGAAUGCGGGCGUGGAUGAGGUGGACGGUCUCAAGUCGCAGCGCAUGGUGCGUCGUCCCUUUGGACCGCAUCACAAUCGCAUUCUAACGCUGGAGGAAGCCUUUCUGCAGUCGACUGUUAACUAUGAGCGAGCCAGGCACUAAGCUCCAAGCCCUAAUCCUGUUGUGUUUAUUUUAACUAUGUGUUAACUGUUUUGAGCAGGGACCGCAACUCUUUUUUAACCCAUGUGCCAAUAGCUGCCUUCAAGGACAUGCUAUGCUUUGCGUUUAUUUUACAACAGCACUGUUAGCUAAAAUUAAGCAUUUUAUUAAGUCUGCGUCCUUAGAUGUUUGCUCAAAUUUUUUGAAACACUAAUAUUUAUUAUUUAACUUUAUGCAAUGCAAUUUUACAGCUUUUAAAGCAAGCUUACAGCUUCAAAUUAUUCAACAUAAGUAUUAAUCCUUUUUUUCAAGCGGCCCCUGUUAGCAUUUCUUAUUUUAUUUUAAUAACUAACUGCGCUGUAGUAUUAAGUGCCUACUGACAAGCAAAGUAUUAAACAAAACAAUUACAAAAAGCUAAAUGCAAUUUUGGCAGCAAGCCGCAAACGUCUAAAAACUAAACUAUUUAAUAUAAUUAUUUAUUUUAAACUGUA